AUGGUUAAGAUCACUCCUGUAUCCGAGAACAUCGAUGCCCGCAAGCGCGCUGCUUCUCUCCGUCCCCGUACUAUCUCCCAGCUCUUCGAGGAGUCUUUGGAUAUCUUCGGUCGUCCCAACAGGGCUUUCUACAAGACUCUGUCCAAGUUCGCUGAGGAUCCCAAGGAAAAGGCUGAGCUGGCGUUGAUCGGCAACCCCGAUGAUACCAAGGGUCGUGAUAUGUACACCAAGCUGGCUGGUGAGACUGUGACCUUCGCUGAUAUCCUCAAUAAGUACACCAGUGCUCGUCCUUCUCUUGAUCAGUUGAUCACUCUCAUCCCUUGCACUAAGCCUAGGCUCUAUUCCAUUGCUAGUUCCCCGAGGUUCGUUGGUCCUAAGGCCAUCGAGCUUGCUGUUGUGAUUGUUAACUGGACUACUGCCUCUGGUGUCCGAAGAACUGGUACUGCUACCGAUUAUAUCCAGCGUAUCGUGCCGGGUCAGAAGACUACCGCCACUAUCACUUCUGGUAGCUUCAAGUUCCCCGAGAGCCCGAUGACACCUAUGAUCAUGGCUGGCCUUGGUACUGGUCUUGCUCCCUUCCGCGCCUUCUCUCAGGAGCGUGCUUGGAUGAAGCGUCAGGGCAUCCAGACUGGUCCCAUGUGGCUCUUCUAUGGGUGCCGUCAUCAGAGUAAGGAUUACAUCUUCGGUAACGAGCUCGAUGGUUUCGUUAAGGAGGGUGCCAUCACUGAGCUUCAUCCCGCAUUCUCUCGUGACCAGAAGGAGAAGGUCUAUGUGCAGAACAAGAUCGAUGAUAACAGCUCUCGUGUCUAUGAGGAUCUCAUUAAGAAGGGUGGUUACUUCUAUCUUUGCGGACAAGCUGGUCAGGUUGAGAACGACAUCAGGAGUGCCGUCUAUCGCGCCAUUGCAAAGGGUGAGAACGUCUCGAUUGAGAAGGCUAAGGAGAUAUUCGAAGACCUUGCUGAAAACGAUCGUUAUUGCCCUGAAGUGUAUUAA